AUGCUCGUCCUGACCUGGAUUAAGACAUUUGGUCAUUGGAAGGGCGCCCGCCGCCUCGAUAUCACUGUGCCGCUGACAACUUGUCUGCUGCGCGACGGAACUUUCUAUUUUAUAGCUUUGCUGGCGACAAACAUAGCCCAACUGCUGACCUUCGACCCUGCGGACCCCAUGUCCGCGCUCAUCAAGACCUUGCCCUUGAUACUCAUUAAUCGCUUCAUGAUCAACCUACGGGCGGCCAGCCAGGAAACGACGGACUGCUCUGUGUGUAUUGCCGAUCUGCAGCAAGCACAGUCGACAUUGCAGUUCAGAAGGUCGACAAGUCGGUUGGGUAAUAUUGGGGGGACGCUGCGGGAUGCUUGGGACGACGAAUCUUGGAACCAAGAGGAUGACUCCGCAGCAGUGGAAGACGCAGGAUGUCUGGAGACUGGCGCAGAACCGUGA